GGUACGUUAUCAACAGUUACUCUAUUCGCCGCUCUUCGCUUCUCCCCGUUGUGAAGCAUCAUUAUUACGUUUCUCGGUGGGUUUCGGAGAUCGAUCUCGCGCACUCUUCUUCGCGAAAACCCUAGUCGCAAGCGAAGAAACGAAUCCGCGAUCCUUCGAUCCCCGUACUAUAACCUCGGCGCGAUCUCAGAUCCGAUCCCUCGUCUCCCAGAUCGGAUCUCUGGGAAAAAUGGCCGACGAUCCUGCUCCGGAGGCGGCGGAGAAGGCGGAGAAGGAGGCGGCGCCGCCGCCGGAGGCGAGGAAGAAGCAGCGGAGGGGGAUUGUUUCGAGGAUUUGGAGGGGGAUCUUCGGAGGGAGGGGCGAGGACUACGAGAAGAGGUUGAAGUACCUGUCGAAGGAGGAGGCGUCGGUGCACGCGAGGAUGAAGCGGAGGGCGCAAACGUCGCGGAGGAUGGUUCGGAACCUCAUCGUCUUCGCCGUGGUCGCUGAGGUUGUAGCUGUGGUUUAUGCUAUCAUGGCAACAAGAUCGGUAGAUCUGAACUGGGAGAUGCGGGCAGUGCGAAUUCUGCCGAUCUUUCUUAUACCUGCUUUAUCUUCUGUAAUGUAUUCAACAUACGUACGCUUCACCAGGAUGCUCGAUCGCAGGGACCAGAAUAUGCUCGAGCGCUUGCGAGCUGAGAGAAAGGCUAAGAUUGAUGAGCUCAAAGAGAGAACAAACUAUUACACUACACAGCAACUUAUUCAAAAAUAUGACCUUGAUCCAGCUGCAAAGGCUGCUGCAGCUACCGUUCUGGCGUCUAAGUUAGGAGCCGAUGCUGGCUUGAAGGUAUCUGUCGAAAGCGAGGCCAAAGACAGCACUAAAUCGGCUAAAAGCAACGAUGUUGAAAUGGUGCAAUCCAGUGGAUUGAGAAAUAGGAAACAAGGUCAUGCAAGAAGUAAUAGCGCCGGGAGCACCACGACAGAUACUCAAGUUGUCACCAGAACCUCUAAUGAACCUGGGGGAAACGAUGGAGCAGCUGCAGUUCAAUCAUACAAGGUUGUGGAACACUAUAAAGGCUCAGGAACUUAUGACGGGGGAUGGAUUGCUCGAAUCGCCGCAUUGCUGGUGGGCGAGGAUCCGUCACAGUCGUAUGCUCUCAUAUGCGGCAAUUGCCAUAUGCAUAAUGGGCUGGCGAGGAAAGAAGAUUUCCCUCAUAUAACAUAUUAUUGCCCACAUUGUCACGCCCUGAACACAUCAAAGCAAGACUCUGUAUCCAGCUCCGACAGGACCACUCCGCUUGCUCCACUUGAUGAAAAUCAUGCUUCUAAUUCUAAUGCCAUUGCCACGGCCGAGAGUGAAAUGAUUAGCAACACAAUCCAGGAGUAAGCUUUUGUAGCGGAGUGACGCAAAGUAAUUGGUAAAGGUGCGGGGCAAGACUUAUCACAACAGUGUGCCGAAGAUUGAUCAGUGUUACUUUUUCUUCGUGUGGUGAAAUGAAACUGGUUUACCCUUGAUGUGUAUACUGUGGCAGGUUAGUGGUACUGUAAAUUUCGGAUCUUUUAUUAUAACUCCUAAUGCAAACAGGAAACCAGUUUUGAUAGUUCGAGCUAUGAAAUACCAUGACUCUGAGAUUCAGUGCAGGUGCUUUAAAUUCUGCAAUCGAAUGUAAUAGCAAUUAGAUGAUGAACGACUCACGGAUACAUGAGGUCUUCUGAUA